AUGGCUCCUGGUGUCAUCGAGACCUCCACCGAAACCCAGACCGAAGUCGCCCCCAAGACACUCAAGGUUUCCAAACCACUGCAGCCGAGCGGCGCAUUGGAGAGGUAUGAAUCUUUUGACGUGACGCCUGUGAUUGGAACCGAGUAUCCAACGCUCAAAGUCACCGAAUUACUCGAUGCACCCAAUGCAGAUGAGCUGCUCCGGGACCUCGCCAUCAAAAUUUCUCAGCGCGGUGUGGUCUUCCUGCGCGCACAAAACGAUCUAACCAACGAGCUCCAAAAAGCUCUAAUUCAACGACUAGGCGAACUCACCGGAAAGCCGGAGACCUCCAAACUCCACAUCCACCCGAUUCUCAACAGUGAGCGGGAACUCGGCGGCUCCGACCCAGAAAUCAGCACCAUCAGCUCGGUCCAGAACAAAAAGUUCUACAAGGGCUCGCAAUAUGAUUUGAGCAAGCGAAUCCAGAGCUCAGCACAAUGGCAUUCCGAUAUUGCAUUUGAGCCUGUGCCCGCUGAUUAUACAAGUUUGCGAUUGACGCAGUUGCCCAAGACGGGCGGCGAUACAUUGUGGGCCUCUGGAUAUGAAUUGUAUGACCGGCUAUCCACCCCAUAUCAACACUUCCUCGAGGGCCUCACCGCCACCUUCGCGCAACCCGGAUUUAACGAAGUGGCGGAUCGAGCAGGCUUCAGACUCUACGACAAGCCCCGCGGCGCCCCGGAAAAUGUUGGCACGGAUCUGAGUGCCAUUCACCCUGUGAUCCGCACAAAUCCGGUUACAGGCUGGAAAUCCAUUUUCCCUGUUGGUGGCCACGUCCGCCAUAUCAACGAUGUUACAAAAGAAGAAAGUGAUGCGUUGUUGAAAUGGUUUUUGAGGCUGCUGCAGGAGAAUCAUGAUUUGCAGGUUAGGUUUCGGUGGCAGAAUGAGAAUGAUCUUGCAAUCUGGGAUAAUCGGAGUGUAUUUCACUCGGCAACUUUUGAUUAUGAGGGCCAGGGCGAGCGGUUCGGGAAUAGGGCUGUGGGGUUGGGGGAGAGACCUUUCCUUGAUCCAAAUAGUAGUACAUCAAGGAGACAAGCGCUGGGGCAAGUUGAAGCAUGA